UAAACAGCACAACCUGCAGCAUUACUCUCUGGCUAAUCCAAACCAACACAGCGGGACGCAAAUGCAAUAAUAGGAAAAAAUGCCAUCGCAGGCCACUUUUAAGAUAAAGCAAAAUACCCCGGAGGGCGAUAAACUUGAGAAACGUAUACACGAACAGCUUAAGUCAAUAUGGGAUCCGGCAGCGGACGCCACGGUGGCCAAGUACUUGACUGCGAUGCUGGCCAAGGGCUAUGAGCGCAAGAAAAUACACCUCCAGCUUAAGGCGAUCGUGCAAGAGGAUGUUUCCUUGGAGCUUCUUAACUGGCUUUACACGCACCUGAGGCAGCAUGGCAAAGAGUAUCAGAGCAGGGAUACUUCCAGCAGCUCCAAGCCAAAUGCAAAGACGCCGGCUAGCGCUGCCAAGGCACUGCAUCCAACGGAGGACGAGCUACGACUCGAGGAUCUGGAAGCGCAGCAGCUAGAGGGCUCGGACCUUGACGACGAGGACCUUGGCGACGGCCAACAUGCCCCGAACAGCGAGGCAGCCGAGGAGGACAGGGGUGCUCAGCCUCAGGCUGAGCGUGCCAGCCAAGAGCCGGCAGGCCCGCCUGCAGAUCGCGAUAGCGGUGCGGCUGGGGCUGCGGACGCCUUUAAACCAGGGGGCUCUGCUGCCCAAGCCGCAGAAUCGCAGCUGCCGCCAGCAAAUGAUGCUACCCCUGCCGCUGGGGCCUCUCACCGCAGCGAGCGCCGUGCGCGCCAGCCCAUACCUGUUCCCACCUUUGCUGAGCCCCGGCGCCCGGAUAUGUCUGCUGCUGCAGCAGGGGUCAAUGGCGCUGAGGCUCAGCAGCAGGAUGCUGGGCCCCGUGACAACGGCACGGCCGGCAGCACCCAGGCGGCGCCUGCCCCCGGGCCCUCCCAGCAAGCUGCGCCCGCGGUGGAGCGACGGCGCCUGAAGUCCUCCGUGGUGCUCGACUGGGACUCAUGGCAGAAGCAGAAGCAGCCAGAAGAGGGAGAGCGGGGGACGGGCGGGAGCAAGUCACCCAAGGUGGAGCGGCACGCGUUGCUGGACCGGCCGCUCGCGGACAUGGCGCGCAGGGCGGAGCAGCCGGCGUCGCGGCAGCUGCAGGAGGAUGAGCGGGAGCGGGGUCGCAACCGGGAUGGCGGCCGCAGCCGGGAUGCGGAUGCCGAGGUGGGUAAGCGGAGGCACGAGGCCGAGGCGGGACGGUCGGGGUCUCGCCAGCGGGACCGCGACGGCGACGCGUCGGCACGUCGUGGGCACGAGCGAGACGGCGAAGACGGCGGCGGCCGGCGCAGGGGGUCUGCGGGGCCGGGCGGGCGGGACCGCAGAUCCCGCUCACGAUCCCGGUCGCGGUCACGAUCGCCCCGGGGCCGGCGGCCGGCGCGGGCGCCGAUCACCGCGCCCGCAAACCUGCUGAAGACGGCUCUGCGGGGCGUGGAUGCGGCACCGCCGGUCGCACGGGGUGCCUCGUCGCCGCCGCCGCAACGAGAAGGUGCAGGCGCGGGCGGCCCUAGGCCUAGUGUUUUCGCCCGUUUGGGUGUGGCGGGCGCUGCGGGAGGAGAGGAUGGGUCCGCCCGAAUUCCGGUUAAGGAGCGCCUGGGAGACAAGCCUCAAGACGCUGCGGCUGCUGGCCGGAAGCGCGGCCUGGAGGGCGCGGCGGGUGAGGGUGCUGGCGACGCAGCCAUCUUGGGAUCGCCACCCAAGGCUGCGCGCGGCAUGCCUGGGCAGAAGCUCCAGCCGCCUGCCGCCGCCCUGGAUGACUCGCAGCGGGGACCCGCCUCCACCUCCGCUGCUCCGGCGGCACGUCAGCGCCGCGGCACCUCCCCCGCGCUUCCCGGCGGUGGCGGAGGUGCUCAGCUGCAGCCGCCGCAGCCGUCCAAGCAGCAGCAGCAGCCACCUCGGCAGGGCGGCUCUGGGCAGCACGCGGCGGCGGGUCCAAGCGGCACGGGGACUGCACCUGCGGCGGCGGGCGCGGCGGCGACCAGCGGCGCCGACUCCAAGGAUGCGGAGCUGGAGGCCCUCCGCCGGCAGAUGGCCGCCAUGCAGCAGCAGCUGGCGUUCAUGGAGACCGCCAAGGCCCAGCAGCAGCAGCAGCCCCCCGCGGAGGCGGCCCAGCAGCCACUGCAGGUUCGGGCGCAGGGCGGGCGCGGCGCGGCACCGGCGGCUGCUGGUGUCAUGGUGGCCCCGGGCGGCCGCGGCGCCGGUUUGGACCUGUCCAAUGUCGUCAUGGAGGGUGGGUCGGGAGACGAUGUGUUUAUCGAGGGCGGGGCGGGCUCGCCGCCGCGGCAGGCGCCCAUGCAAGCGCCCAUGCAGAAGCCGGAGCUGGCGAUGAAGGCUGAGCAGCAGCGGCUGGCUGCGGCGCAGCUGGAGGCGGACAUGCGGAGCCUGGUGGUGGAGAACGUGCACUUCAUGGUGAACGAGCAGGUGCUCGCGGCACACUUCAGUGUCGCGGGUCCGGUCAAGAGCGUCCACAUCGUCCGCGACAACUUCACGCGCCGGCCCACUGGGGUGGCGGUGGUGGAGAUGGCCACGGAGCAGGCUACGCAGGCUGCUGCUGCACUGUCUGGCUCACUGCUGGUGAACUGCCCUAUCGUGGUGACGCUCAAGGCCGCGCUGUUGCUGCAGGGCAUUGCUAUGGGUUCCGGUCCAGUGGGUAUGGGGGCUGUGGGAGGGGCUAGGCCGGUAGGAAUGCCGCAGGUAGUCAUGGGCGCCGGGCAGGGCAUGGUGGGUGGUGGGCGGCUGAACCCGGCAGCACCGCCGUUUGUUCCCGCCAAGCCUGCUGCAGUGGUUGCGGGUGCUGAUUCGACAGGUGUUGGCAUGGCCGGCAGUUCUCGGCCAUCGUGGCCUAAGCCCAGCGGGGCUGCCCAGCCUGGUCGCGGUGUGGGGCCGUUUGCAGGGGGGCCGCGACAGUUUGCGGGUCCCAAGCCGAACGUGUGGGUGAGAGAGAUGAAGCCAAGUGCUGACGCUGGUAACCAGGGAUGAGUAGCUGGUGCUGAGUUUGGUAAGAAGGCCUUGAAUGGUUGUGC